UAGUUUAGACCCCCUUAUUAUUUUAACUAGGAGUUCUGGGGGGUAGAACUAGAACUCUAGACUGAGAGACUGAGAGUGACCAUAAGAGCCAAAAAACCUUGGUUAUUGGCUCACAGUGUAUCGAGUCUGGACAAUAUAAUAAUCGAAUGACAGUUUUAUUGGCUUGUCCUUAAGCGAUGAUUGUCGCUAUCUAUCAGUUUUCAAUUUCAUUGACUUGCAUUAUUAAUUCCCUUAAUUAUUUUUAUUUUUGUACUAGGUUGAAUUCAUAGAUAAAAGGAGGAAUUCAUGUUGUAUUGACAAUAUGCAUUUAAUUUUUUUUGGUUAUGUUUACAUUUUCAAUAAUAUGUUUUGAGAGAACAUAGCGACGUAAAUGAGGCAUAGUAGAUAUUUAAUAGUUUGCAAUGAGAGGCUUAAAUCGUUGAAUGGCGAUGAUAAUUUAUGACAAUGAGAGUAAUAUAUGACACCAAUUUGGAAUGGUGUGGAACGGAAGAUGUGGACAGUACUCCAUCCAAUUUUUCUGUUACUAAUUUAGAUAUAAUCGGUUUGAUAUACUCUAUUAUUGCACACUUAGUAGACGCUGGAGUAGAUAUUUAUUUAGCAUGUUAUUAUUUUUCUAAUUCAAAUUAUGACUACUUUGCUUGGACCGUUGUCUUUAUUGCUGUACCAGCUGUGAUAAAUACCUGCAUUUCACUUACUAUGUAUGCUGAAGAUGCCCAUAAUUUGAAUCAAAAGCGUUCAACACCAUGCUUGCUUAUUAAAAGCAAAGGAAAUAGAUGUUUAGGUGCUUUUCAGAUAUUUAUGCAUAUUCUGCAAUUAGCAACAGUAGCACGUUGCUGCGAUAGUCUUAAAUUUGCUUUUGCAAGUAGACAUGCUGAAAAAAAGAAUGAUAGAAAGGAACAGAAAUUGCAAUAUGAGAAUAUGUUAAAAGAAGACAGUGACAUAUCAUUACUACGCUUAAUUGAGUGUUUUCUUGAGUCAGCUCCUCAAUAG